UUCCGAAGAAUAAUGACGAUAUUAAUAUAAAAAUAUUGGCUGCGUGAUUCAGUGAGUGGUGGCCGCAGUGUAUUGCAGUCGGGCCAUACAGCCCGUACAAAACCAACGUACGCCUUCGCGCUAAGCGUAAAAAAAAAAGUUGCGAGCCCGCGCUUUUCAGUUUCCCCGCGGUUUUUGACAGUGACAGUUAAUUUUUUUUUUCAGUGCGCCCCGUUGUGAAAUGUGAUAGUGUUGUGAUUCUAUUUUUGAAACAUCUUCCACCUGACAGUGAGGUCGCGGAUGUGCGGCUGGCAUACGAGAUGGGGCACAAACAAUAUCGAGCGGUGGGGCAGAGUGCCCGCAACCGUCUGUUCGGAUUGAACCCCCGAAUAUCGGGCGAUGAGAAGACCGUACCACUGAGCAUGCUCAUAUCUCAGCAGGGCAAGUUGAACCAUGGACGCCUAGCAGUUAUCACCUUCAGUAUAUGCACAGUCGUAUUAGGUGUGGUUCUUUCUUUUGUGCCAUGGCUCGAUUAUAUUAUAUUCAGGGAAUUAAGGCUAUGGAAUGGCUCCCUCAGUUACAGCUACUGGCAGAGGCCAGGCGUUAUUCGUCUCACCAAGGUGUAUAUAUUCAAUGUAACAAACCCCCAGGGGUUUUUGGAGAACGGUGAAAAACCGAAACUCAAUGAAGUCGGCCCGUUUGUCUAUAGAGAGGAUAUGGAGAAAGUGAACAUAAGAUUUCACGACAAUGACACGGUGACGUUUCAACACAAUAAGAUAUUGAGGUUUGUGCCCGAGCUGUCUGUGGACAAGACGCAGAAACUGGUCGUACCGAAUAUACCGCUUUUGACUGUGACGUCGUUCUCGCCGAACAUGGCGGGCUGGGUGUUCAAUCUACUGGUGUCAGGCCUCACUCUCACUUACAGGGAGCGAGCCAAGCCAUUCGUCCAUGUGACAGCCGAAGAGCUUGUGUUUGGGUACAACGACCCGUUGGUGACAUUGGCUCAUUAUUUCUACCCCAAAGGCAAACGACCGAACAGUCAAAUGGGCUUACUACUAGCGAGAAACGGUACACUAUCGGAAGUAUCAACGAUUUAUUCAGGUCAGGAUAUGACGAAGUUUGGAUAUUUAGAUAAAAUUAAUGGUUUGGACCAUCUACCGCACUGGAAGAACAGGCCCUGUAAUGAUAUCAGGGCGUCAGAGGGAUCUUUCUUCCCGCCAAGGUCUAUCACAAAAGCAGAUACAGUUUAUAUUUACGAUAAGGAUCUAUGCAGAAUUCUACCGAUGAAAUACCGAAAGGAUGUGUAUAAAAAUGGUAUCCAAGUAGGUCUAUACACACCACCAGAGUCAACGCUAGAGAAUGUAGAAGCGAAUCCGGAAAAUAAAUGCUUUUGUGAAACGGAGAAGUGUCCUCCCAGAGGCUUGCAGAAUAUCAGCCCAUGCCAGUACAAUGCUCCAGUAUACCUAUCAUAUCCACAUUUCUACGAUGCCGAUCCGUCGCUACUGAAAGACUUUGAAGGUUUGAAACCCGAAAAGGAGAAACACGAAUCAUACUUUUUGAUACAGCCGAAAAUUGGUGUACCCUUAGAGGGUCAAAUCCGAGUACAAUUGAAUUUAAAAGUAGACCGCGCAGCAAAUAUUCGAGUAAACAAUAUACAUAAGUUCCCUGAUAUGGUAUUUCCUGUUAUGUGGCUACAAGAGGGAAUAGAAGAAGUAACUACACCAAUAUGGCGACUUAUAUUCCUCGCUACAGCGUUUGGUCCAAUAGCAGCUCCCAUCAUUUCUUACUCCAUUAUAAUAACAGGCAUUGUUGCAAUUAUCUACAUUUUCAUUAAAGCGUACAAAAACCUCGUUCUCGGUCAAAACUCCAUAGAGAUUGUCGAAUUGGGCAGAGAAACAAUCCGUCGAGGUUCAACAUUAAUAAUUUCUGGUUCCCAUAAAUUGCUCAACCAUAAAGAAGCAUCGUAUCAACCUCUGAGCAAAGACAAUUCAAAUUCCAGUAGUAGAGAAGGAAAAUUGCAAGAAUUAAAUUUCAUAGACAAAACGGAAAACAUCAGUCGUAGUCUGGAUGAGCUAAAAAGCAUUCUAAAUAGGGAUUUCGUGAAAGCAGAUUUCACUGAAGUAGAACGGGAAUCGCUCAUACAUUCAGAUAAUGCAUUUAUUUUAUCUGAACGCAGGAGGUACAGUGUUUUCAAAUUGCCGGAGAGUUAUGUGUAAUAUUUUAUAAGUACCGUUUUUACUGAGACAAAGCUCGCUGACAUUAUCUAUAGGAAAGUGCAAACAAAAAUUCAAUAUAACAGUUUCAAACGUUUAAAUUGUACGAUAAAGAAAUAGCUCAUAUAGAAAUAUACGGGGGUUCUCCCCCGUUUAUAUAAAUAGUAUUUUAUACAACCAAUAAUUGUGGUUAGAAAAUUUCCACUUACACUUCAAGCAAGAUUUGAAGAAAUUUUGGCAUUAUUAUUGUGAAUGUUGAAGGCUUCAGAGAUGCAAUGCCAUUAUAUACAAGCUGAAUUAUAUAAAAUAGAUAAAGUAAAACGGUCGCACAUAGUGAGCUGUCUCACUGACUGAAAGUCCCUAUUGUUAGGGACUGAUUAGUUUUUAAAUUGCUCACGUAUUACGUUUUUAAUUGUGUAUUAUAAUUGCGUAAUUUAGUCUGGCGUUAGUUAUGGUAUGAGGGUGCCUUAUUGGAAAUUUUAAAGGGUCCAUUAAUGUAAUUAUUACAUAAAUUUAAUCUUUAGAUAUUAUUGUAAUCGUCCACAUAUUCAAAGGGCCGAUGUCGGUUAAUGAUAAAUGAUAAGGACUCGAACGAAAUAAAGUAGCAUGACAAUACGUACAAACAGAUAUUGGUAAUGUUGCAGCUUGAAUUAAGUAAAUUUUUGUAAUAAAGACCUCUGCUUGCUAUAUCCGUAAUAUUUUUACAUAAUAAAUGAAAAAAAUUGUACUAAUGCUCAAUAUUUUUUGAAAUAUCUUGGAAAACUGUUGAUUUUUUACUAAAUUAAUUACAUAUUUUAUAACAUUUUAUUUAACCUAUGG